AUGGAUCCAAAACUGGAACAGGAUGGUCCUGCUUUGUUUUCGCAAGCGUACGUUUUGGAGCUAACAUUACGAGCGUGGAUGCAAACUCAAUCAUGCACUCGUGAGACGAUCCAGGGUUGUGAUGUCUUCGAGACCAUAAAGAAAUCACAAACUUAUGGUUUCUUGAUCAAUCGUGUUCCUUUUGGACCCCAAUCUGCCAUCCAUCAGAUAUGGAAACAGUGGUCGAGGAGACACAUGGCGUCGGUAAGGAUCGUUCCCCGGAGGGAGCUCCCUCGAGCUCACCGGAGGAGGGAGCUCCUAUUGACAAAGUUAGAUUUCUUUAUUAUAUAG